AUUAGCUGGUUUACCGACGCCAAGAACUGGGCGCGAGAAAUCGUCUCAGCCCAGAUGAUGACUGGACAGAUACUGGUGGUUCUAGUUCUCGUGGUCAGCCUGGCUUCACUCACCAUAUACUUCAUCGACACAUACACUUUGAAUAUGGAAUCAUGUGAUCUGUGGAGUUUGCACAUUUCCUGGCAGGUUGACCUGGGAUGCAACAUUUUUUUCCUCGUCUACUUCAUACUUCAGUUCAUGGCAGCAUCUGACAAGUUGUUGUUCUGGGUGGAGGUCUACUCCAUCGUUGACUACUUCACCAUUCCUCCGUGCAUCCUUUCCGUCUUCCUUAACAGGAAUUGGUUAGGUUUUAGGUUCCUCCGGGUCCUCCGUUUGAUGACAGUUCCAGAUGUUCUGCAGUUUUUUAAUUUGUUGCAUUCGACGACGAGCACUCGCCUGUGCCAGCUGGUCUUCACGUUCAUCAGCGUGUGGUUCGCUGGAUCUGGAUUCAUGUACCUGCUCGAAAACUCCGGCGACCCGUUUUUCAAUUACGAGAACAGCCAGUCGGUGACCUUCUGGCAGUGCAUCUACUUUUCAGUGGUGACCAUGUCGACAGUUGGAUACGGAGAUGUCGUCUGCAGGACAAUCCUCGGCCAGAUCUUCAACGUCAUCUUCCUACUCGGUGGACUGGCCAUGUUUGCUAGCUUCGUGCCGGAGAUUGCCGAGAUCCUGAGUGAGAGGAGUCGCUACAGAGAGCCCUACAAGAAGGAGCGCUGCCGAAGGCACGUGGUACUCUGUGGACACAUAACAUCUGACUCCGUUAACUCCUUCAUUUCAGAUUUCUUGCACUCAGAACGCGAGGAAGUUGAUGUGGAUGUCGUCAUCAUGAACCGCAAAGAGCCUGAUUUUGAGUUACAACGCAUCUUGAAGAAAUACUACGUUCAAGUGUUUUACAUUCAAGGAAAUGUCAUGAAUCCAGAUGACUUGAUCAGAGCUCAACUGAAAACCGCCGACGCCUGUUUGAUCCUGGCCGACAAGUACUGCCUGGACGUCGAUGCAGAAGAUGCAGCCAACAUCAUGAGGGUCAUCAGCGUCAAAAACUUUGUUGCUGGCGUCAAAGUCAUCAUACAGCUGCUUCAGUACCACAGCAAGACCUACUUAAUGAACAUUCCGAGUUGGAACUGGGAAAAAGGCGAUGAUGCAAUUUGUUUGUCGGAGCUUAAGCUGGGAUUUAUUGCUCAAAGUUGUCUUGCUCCUGGCUUCUCAACAUUAAUGGCCAAUCUAUUCACCAUGCGGUCCUAUAAUUCAGAUAGCGAUGACGGCUCCUGGCUGCACGCAUACAAAAGAGGUUCAGGAAUGGAAAUGUACUCCAUCGAACUUUCCAAAUUUUUCAUUGGGAUGACUUUCCCAGAAGCUGCCGAGAUCUGCUUCCAAGAGUUGAAAAUAUUGUUGAUAGCAAUAGAGGCAACGAAGGAGGACUCGAAUGAAAAAUACAUCGCCAUCAACCCGGGUCCAUCCAUUCGCAUCGAGCCCUACACAAAUGGAGUUUUUGUCGCCCAGAAUGCCAAUGAUGUCAAAAUAGCCAGUUAUUAUUGCAAGUACUGUCUGCCGGGUGUCAACAGUUUAAGGAGUAACAAAUUUUGUUGCGGUAGGUUCAAUUAUUUAAUUAUUUUUUCACUAUCCCUGCUAACUAAUCCACACAAAAUUAUUUCUAGGAUGCAUCCUGUGUGCGUGUGCGAAGUUAACGACAUAUUCAAACCACAAAAGUCUGUUGCGUGUUUUUUCAUAUUAAUUUUGACAAUAAUUAACAAAAAUUAUGAAAAAUUUAAAGGCAAUUCAAAAAGUUUGACAGUUGAGUGCACGGCCAAGGGACCAUGCCAGUUCGAUUCAACAGGAAUGUUCCACUGGUGUCCUGAUCAGCUCUUCCUCUCCUGCGUCAUUACGCGAAAAGAGGCGGAAGAAAUGUCGAACCACAUCGUUGUUUGUCUGUUCGCUGAGUCCUACUCGCCUCUGGUAGGCUUGCAAAAUUUUGUCAUGCCUCUUAGAGCCAGCAAUUUUCAUUACGAAGAGCUAAAACCCAUUGUCAUAAUUGGAGAAGCCGAGUAUUUGAGGAAGGAAUGGAAGCUACUAUGCAACUACCCGAAACUCUACAUGAUAUUUGGAUCGCCUUUCAACAGAUCGUUAUUGAGAACCGUCAACAUCAACUGCUGCCAUGCCUGCGUCAUCUUGACAGCCAAGAAAAGUUACACCGAAGUGAGCACGGUCGUCGACAAGGAGGCCAUCUUGUGUUCAUUGAACAUCCAGGCCAUGGUGUUUGGACAAUCAAAUAGGAAAAAUUUGCAAAUAGUGUCAGCCAUGAUGAAGGGAGUGGCGAAAGGAUCGGAAAUUACGAUGAUUACUGAAUUAGAUAGUGACAUGAACAUAAAGUAUGUGGAGCAAGAUGAUGACGACACACCAUCAGAAUUGUAUCUGUCCCAACCAUUUGCUUGCGGUACCGCAUUCACUGUCAGCGUGCUGGAUUCAAUUAUGAGCACGGCCUAUUUCAAUAACAACUCGUUGGCAUUGAUAAGAACCUUAAUAACGGGCGGUUCAACUCCAGACUUGGAGCAGAUAUUGGCGGAAGGCAUGACUUUGGAAUGUGGAGAUAUAACUUCAGAGACCAUCAUCAACAGAGAACGUUGUAAAGUUACGCAGUUUGCGUUGUCUGAUAACCCUUUUCUUCAAUUCAGCAAAAGUUACCAAGAAUUAUUUCUACACGUCCUGCAAAACUGUGAGUCACUAUGCAUUGGAUUGUAUCGAGUACUUAAUUCGAAAAAAUUGACAUCUGUCAGAAGAUACGUAAUCACCAAUCCACCAGCUGACACCAUACUCCUCCACACUGAUAAAGUAAAAAUUUCUUGCUGA